GCGGGGUGGAAGGCGGGGCACGCAGACCUUCCCCAGUCUAAGCUCACUCGCUCCUGCUGAUUGGACAUGGAGGGUUUGGAGGAAGAUGUCAAGUUUAUUGUGGAUGAGACCUUGGACUUUGGAGGUCUGUCCCCAUCUGACAGUCGUGAGGAGGAAGAUACAGCAGUAUUGGUGACUCCAGAGAAACCACUCCGACGGGGCCUCUCCCACCGAAGUGACCCAAAUGCAGUGGCCCCUGCACCCCAGGGUGUGAGGUUCAGCUUAGGCCCUCUUAGUCCAGAGAAGCUGGAAGAGAUCCUCGAUGAAGCCAACCGGCUGGCAGCUCAGUUGGAGCAGUGUGCCCUACAGGAUCGGGAGAGCUCAGGUCAGGGCCCACGGCCUCUCCGAGGGAAGCCCAGCCCUCGACGGGAGACCUUUGUGCUGAAGGACAGCCCUGUCCGAGACCUGCUACCCAAUGUCAGCUCUUUGGCUUGGAGUACACCCUCCCCAAGCAGCCUGACACCUCGGCUCCGGAGCAGUGAUAAGAAGGGGUCAGCCAGGGCUCUUAGAGUGACACCUGGAAAGAGGCCCUCCAGUGUGAAGAGGGAAUCACCCACUUGCAAUCUGUUGCCUGCAUCCAAAAGCCCAGCAUCAUCUCCUCUUGUACAAUCAACUCCUCCACUCCGGGGCAAGGCUGGGCCCAAUGCAAGGGCAACAGCAAGGCCACCUACCCAUGUCAGACAAGCCUUGGCUCCACAGCCUUCAACCAGCAACUCUCAACGCCAUUCUCGGCCACAGGGGACAGCUACUAAGGCUUCCAGUCGACUCCCUGUUCCUUCAGCUAUCCCCAGGCCCUCUAGCCGAAUGCCACUCACCAGCCGGAGUGUACCACCUGGCAAAGGUGCCCUCCCUCCGGAUUCUGUGUCAACUCGAAAAGGGCCUCUAAGACCAAGCACUGCAGGGCACAAAGUUCCUAUUUCCCAGCGACCAAACCUUCCUGCUGCUAGUGCCACUCGCAGCAAUCUGCAGCCUCCUAGGAAAAUUGCAGUCCCUGGACCUACCAGGUAA